CAUCUUUGUUGAGACAACGCUGCUGAGAGAAGAUGGCUUUACUUCCUGCAGGUCCUGAUUUAAGAAUCGUGAUGAUUGGAAAAACUGGUGUGGGCAAGAGUGCUGUUGGAAACACUAUUCUUGGACAGGAAAGGUUCGCAUCCAGUCCCAGUUUAUCAUCAGUAACUCAGGUCUGUGAAAAAGCUGUGACACGUUGGGGCAACAGAGUGGUUAGUGUGAUAGACACACCAGGGCUCCUGGACACUGAGAAAUCCGAGGACUUCAUCAAAAAUGAAAUUGUGAGAUGUGUUGAAGUCUCAUGUCCUGGACCUCAUGUGUUCCUGCUGGUCAUCGAACUUGGUCGAUUCACCAAUGCAGAGAAAAACUCUGUAGAAGCCCUGCAAAAGCUGUUUGGUCCAAAAGCUGACCAGUACAUGAUCGUGCUGUUUACCCGUGGUGGUGAACUCAAAAACAAGACCAUACAUCAAUAUCUACGUGAGGGCAAGCCAGAGGUUAGACAACUCGUUCAGCGCUGUGGAAACAGGUUGCAUGUCUUUGAAAACACCAGUAAAGACAGAAGUCAAGUGGUGGAGCUGAUAAAGAUGAUCGACAACAUGUUCAAAGCAAACGGGGGAGCAUACUACACAGAUGCCAUGUAUCAAGAAGUACAGGCAAAACAACAAAAGUCAAAGGGAAAUGCAUGUGCUGUCCAAUAUACCUUUAUUGGUGCUCUGAUCCAGCGUAUCAGAUUGUUUAUCUCUAUUCUAAGAAGAGAGUAGAUGGCCAUUAUCAACAGUCUAAACACAUCAUCAAUAUCCAAUCAGAUCAGAUGUGACAAUAUGGAAUAUAACACACACUUACACUAAAUAUACAGGUAGUUAUUAGGUAUUGACUCAGAUUUAUCAGUAAAAACAUAUAUAUGUUGUAGAUUUUAAGAAUGUUUCUCAGACUCAGACUUUUAAAGAUAAACAACAGUUGUAGUACAGGCUGUGAUUUGCUACAAAUAAAGUAAAAAAUAUUUUUUUUGUCUCUGGUACACAUAAACCUGUUCCUGAUUUUAUAAUAUGUAUAAUCAUGAUGAUUUGGUUUGUAAUAAUUUAAUUGUACACUUUGAUUUUCACUUAUUGGUGUAACAUGUAUGCCCUGAAAAAGUAAUGUUUAGUGUUAUUCUUGAAAAAUG